CCGCCUUGGCACCUGGCGUGACGACAAUUAGACUACACUGCGGCCCACGUUGUCACGAAGUAUCACCCAUUAGCCGGUAAUGUUUCCGCCAGACUUCAAGCAUGGUUACGAAUAAAGAGCUGAACGACCGUCGCGAGCCGGGCUGCUGCGUUGUACUCGCCGACAAGAAGUAUUUCCAUGUUGGGGAUUGGUUCAUGAAGCGCACACUUCGACGACACGAGUGGCAAUCUGUAGCCAAUGACGUGACCAUCAUUCCGCCAACUACAUAUCCCCAACGAUGGAAGACCGACGCUGCGAUUCUGCCAUUUCUCCGACAGAAAACAAAUAUUCCGCUUCCACGGGCCGAAUGUACAUUCGAAGACGAUGGAGCCUUCUACUUCCAGAGCGCAUAUGUAGAGGGCGUCAGCAUGAGGGAGCUCAAGGAAGAAGACAAGAACGUUGUGGUGCGGGAGCUAGAGGAGCAUGUGUCAACUCUGCGGCGCCUAAGAUCUGACACCCCUGGUGUACCUGGAGAAUCACUCAUGUGUCCUCCCCAACGGGUCACCAGCAAUCGAUGGAAGAUCAAUAGUUGUUGGCGGCCGCGGAAGGAGAAGGGGGAAUAUGUCUUCUGCCAUAACGACCUUGGACAACACAACGUGAUAGUGGAUCCCGGCACACUCCAGAUAAAAGCGAUCAUUGACUGGGAGUUUGGCGGGUUCUGGCCUGAAUGGUUUGAAAGGCCGUUCUGGAAGCGCCCAGGGCCUAGUGCGGUGCUUGAAGGGGAAGAAGACGACGUGCAGCGAUGCCGGGACUGGUUGAUCACCCACUGUGAUGAGGUGAUAAUGCCCGGUCCCUAAAUACUGCAGAAGCAAAUCUGCAGACCUUUCGCUUUAUAUACUUGCUGCCUCUAUAUUCUUCUGGGCUUGC